UGGCGUUGGUUCGGCUGUAAGGGAAGAUGGCAGCGCCGACGUUCACCGCGACCUUGUACUCCCUCCUGUUCCGCAGGACCUCCACGUUCGCCCUUACCAUCGCCGUGGGCGCCGUCUUCUUCGAGCGCGCCUUCGACCAAGGCGCGGACGCCAUCUACGAGCACAUCAACGAGGGGAAGCUGUGGAAACACAUCAAGCACAAGUACCAGCAACAGGAUUAGCCGCUCAGGGCCCCCCACCCAGGCGAGAAGGACCAGACCCACCCAUUGGCGGUUUGCCCAAGCCCAGGGGGCUUCCGCUUGAAGAUGACGCUCAGAUUGCACCGCUCCUCGGGCCACCUUGACCUGCUGGCAAGAAAUGACUUCGCCUGAUGAACUCUCACUUCUGCUGUGUCUGAGGGAUGUUUAAGUCCGCGUCAUCAGAAAAUAAAUGUAACUUGUCCUUGGCA